AUGACGACUCACGAAAUAGACCUCCCAUACAAUGACAAUCUUGGAGCAAUUGCCAAGACCACACCUUCAUCACAUACAAACACCAACAAUAACUCCAAAACCGAUUUAUCUUCCUUCGCCAACACUUCAACAAGCACAAUCCCGGAUCUAAACACCCCAAUCCAGCAUCACUACCUCACAUUCGAAACCACGCUCCCCCAUCCCACAACAGGAAUUUCUUCAACCCCAAAUGGUCCCACCCCUGCACCUCCAAAUCUCAAAAAAUACACUUCCCCAUUUGAAUGGCCCGAACGCAAGAAAAACGGCAUCCUAUGGCUGAGUUGUAUAGCCACCCUCAUCACCGCCGCAACAGCAGGAUCUUACUCCCCAGCUGUAGCGCAAAUGUCCGCGGAAUGGGGGAUAAGUGAUGUAGCUACCGUUGUGGGAAUCACCACCUUUUGCUGUGGGUUUGCUAUUGCGCCGAUGGUAUUAGCUCCAUUCUCUGAGAUCAAUGGUCGAUAUCCAGUGUUCGUCGCGGCGGGGAUUUUGUAUUUCGUUUGCCAGUUGUGUUGCGCAGUCACGCAUUCGUAUCCCGGGAUGUUGGUAGCAAGAUUUUUCGUCGGGUGUGGAAGUUCGGUGUUUUCGACUAUGGUUGGAGGUGUGGUGAGUGAUCUCUAUCACGCACAGGAUCGAAAUACGCCAAUGGCGCUAUUUUCAGGUGCCGCGUUGUUUGGAACGGGUGUAGGUCCGCUUGUCGCCGGGUUUCUAGCGGAGAAUUUGAAUUGGAGAUGGGUGUUUUGGGUUCAGACUAUUUUUGUGGGGGUUUUGGUUGCGUGUAUCACGUUGUUUUUGAGUGAGACGAGAGGAAGUAUCUUACUAAGUCGGAAGGCGGCUGUUUUGAAUAAGUGGUAUGAAGAGAGGGAAGCAGCUGGGUAUGUUGGGUUUGAUAUGAUCGGUGAGGAUGGUGAGAAGAUGUGGGUAGCAUUCUCCUGGGCAGUCCUCUAUCUAACCUUCGCCGCCAUCCCCCUCAUCUUCGAAACCUCCCACAACUUCUCCCUCCAACAAGCAAACUCCGUCUUCGCAGCCAUGAUGGUCGGCGCAACCCUUGCUACCGUUCUCUCCAUCUACCAAGACCGUCUCUUAGCACGUUAUCUCCUGCACAGUUCUAAGAACCAAACUUCCACUAGUAAAUUUCGAAACGCAAUUGAUCUCUCCUCUCCUGAAGCGCGUUUAUACUUUGCUUGUAUAGAAUCCGCCCUCCUCCCAAUCGGACUCUUUUGGUUCGGCUGGACAUCCUUCCCCUCAGUCCCCUGGAUCGUUCCUGCACUCUCCGUAGCCUGCUCCACCAUGGGAAUCUACUCCAUCUACCUCGCAACCUUCAACUACCUCGCCGAUACCUACCACCGGUACGCCAGUUCCGCGCUCGCAGCCCAGUCUUUCUGUCGGAACAUGCUGGGCGGCGUGUUUCCGCUCGUUACCGUGGCCAUGUUCCGGAAUCUGACGUUUCAGGGCGCGGCGAGUCUGCUUGGGGGCGUGGGGACGCUGCUUACGGCUGUGCCGUGGGUGUUGGUGUUUUUUGGACCGAGGAUUAGGGGGAGGAGUCGGUUUGCGUUGGGGCAGGCUGUUUAA